AUGGUUGAGAUCUUGGAGACGAGUUUUGUAGUUCCCAGUGAGGAGACGCCGAAGAAGGGGCUAUGGCUAUCGAAUCUCGACGUGGCGGCGACGCGGGGCCACACGCCGACGGUGUACUUCUUCCGGUCGAACGGCGACCCCGACUUCUUCUCCGCGGAGGCCGUCAAGGCGGCGCUCGCUAAGGCCCUCGUGCCAUUCUACCCUAUGGCAGGCCGUCUCGGCGUCGACCGCGACGGCCGCCCCGAGAUCGACUGCAAUGCCGAGGGCGCCGUCUUCGUGCUCGCGCGCUCCGACCAGCACACCGUCGACAGCUUCAAGGACUUCGAGCCCUCCCCCGAGAUGCGCCGGCUCUUCGUCCCCGCCAUCGACUCCGCCGACCCGCCCUGCCCCGUCCUCUUCCUCCAGAAUGCGGGGGAGUGGCGCUGGGAACGGCGAUGCACCACCUGGCGGUGGACGGGCGCAGCGCCUUCCACUUCAUCCAAACAUGGGCGGCGCUGGCCCGCGGGGGGGAGGCGGCGGGNGCUGGCACGCGGGGGGGAGGCGGCGGCGGGGCUGUCGCCGCCGUUCCACGAGCGGACGCUCCUCCGGGAGCGGACGCCGCCGGCAGUCCUCUUCGACCACCCCGAGUACGCGCCCAGCGCCUUCCCGCCGCGCGCGCCGGGGCCCUGCGUGACCACCAUCCUCAAGCUGUCGAGAGAGCAGGUCGCCUUCCUGAAGGCCCGCUGCGUCGCCCCCGGCGGUUUCGUGUCGACGUUCCGGGCGGUGGCGGCGCACGUCUGGCGGAGCAUGUGCGUGGCGCGCGGGCUGGCGGCCGACGCGGAGACGCGGCUGUUCCUGCCGGCGGAGGUGCGCGGGCACCUGCGGCCGCCGCUCCCGCCGCACUACUUCGGGAACGCGCUGGUGCGGGUGUCGGCGCAGGCGCGGGUCGGGGACAUCGUGGCGGGGCCGAUCGGGUUCGCCGCGGAGCGGAUCAAGAGCGCGGUCGACCGCGUGAGCGACGAGUACGCGCGGUCGGUGAUCGACCACCUGGGCGUCAUAAAGCGAGGGGGGAUGUCGGCCAAGCGCGGGCUGCCGGACACCGACCUGUCGGUCGUCAGCUGGCUCGGGAUGCCCAUGUACGAGGCCGACUUCGGGUGGGGCGCCCCGCAGUUCAUGGCCCGCGCCCAGACCUACGGCAGCGGCUUCGUCUACCUCACCAGCAGCCCCGGGAAGGACGCCGGCAUCUCCGUCGUCCUCGGCCUCGAGCCCGACGUCAUGAAGCAGUUCAAGAAGCUCUUCUACGAGGAGUUCUGUCCCCUCCAAACAUAAUAAUAAUAAUAAUAAUAAUAGUAAGAUAUUACAGCUGUUAGUAUGUGAAAUGAGCAUUAAUAAAUUAUUUUUAUUUUUAAAAUAAAUCUUAUGCUGUACUUAUAUAAGUUAUUAAUGCGUCCUGAAUAGAGCCGAGCUCUAUACUAUUCAUGAUAGAUUGUGUUUGUUUGACUUGACGUCGGCUUGUAUUGUGAAGGAUUGCUUGAUUUGUGGUUGAAUAAUUGAUUCCGGUUCGUGUUUAGUACGGAAAUUAUAUGUA